AUGACUCUACUUCAGUCAAAAACCGACUGCUACCAUGUAAUUGAAGAGCUUGGUAGAGGGACGUUUGGAAAAGUACUGAAAGCUCGGAAAAAAGGAACUGGCCAACUAGUGGCCAUUAAGGUGAUCAAGAAUGAUCAGAAGAGGAGCAACGUCAUCAAGAAUGAGAUCAAGCUACUUAACGUUAUCAGGCAGGUCGAUCUAGAUGCAUCCCAUUUUGUUCGCUUCUAUGAACAUUUUCGUGUCCAGGAUACAUUUUGCUUGGUUUUUGAGCUUUUACACAAGAACUUGUAUGAAUAUCAGAAAGAGAUCAGAUUUGCUCCGAUUCCCCUAAGACACAUAAGGACCAUCACCGCUCAAGUCUUAGAAGCCCUUUCCAAGUUAAAAGAGCUCUCUAUUAUCCACUCAGACCUAAAGCCAGAGAACAUAGUUCUGGUUGAUCAAGUAAGAUAUCCAUUUAGAGUAAAAAUCAUUGAUUUUGGUUCAGCCAGCAUUUUGAGUGAUGUGAAACAUGUGAAGGAACCAUACAUACAAUCCCGUUUCUACAGAGCUCCAGAAAUUCUUCUUGGUCUGCCUUUCUGUGAGAAGUUGGAUAUGUGGUCUCUUGGUUGCAUUAUCGCUGAGCUUCACUUUGGUUAUCCUCUUUUCCCUGGAAACAGCGAGUAUGACCAGAUCAAAUACAUCUGCGAGACACAAGGGUUGCCGGACAACUAUUUGCUGAAUGCGGCUAGUAAAGCCCUCUUCUUCUUCAAGUACACGGUGGACAACCAAAGAAAAAUCCAAUGGAGGAUGAAAACGGAAGAAUACCAACGGUCACCCAAUAUGAAACCUGUGGAAAGAAGGAAAUAUAUCUUGAAAUCUCUCGACCAAAUAGAGCUAUUGUAUGAAACAAAUUCCUAUUACCCAGAGCUAGAAGUCCUGGCCGAACGUUAUGACUUGAGGAACAUGGUAGAGCUCAUGAAGAGAAUGCUGACCUGGGACUCCAACAAGAGGAUAAACCCUAACACGGCACUUAGGCAUCCAUUUAUUUCUCUCCAGCAUUUGAAGGUACACUAUAGGAACUCAAGAUACUACCAACUGUCGAGGCAGUGCCAAUAUGAUGCCACAGUACAAAAGCAAGCUUUUAAUUGUAGCAUGCCAGCAGGAAACCAUCUUGGUCUUUGGUCUCUCAACUAUUACCAAGGUCUGAUAAAUGACAUUACUGGUGGAGAGGAGGUCGAAAAGAUGACAGAGCAGAUGAACGAGCUCCACAUCGAAAAGGCUGCUGAAGAAGCUCACUUGAAGUUGACAGAUGAAGCAGGCCAUGCAGACAUCCAGCUAUGUGAUUUAUCAUGUUUCGCUGAACCCCUUCACCCAGAUUCAAGAAGGGAGAUUGUAGCAGAACAGUUGGAUAAUUAUUACACCUCAACAACGUCUAAGGCUCCUCAGUACUUAAAGUCAGCGGUGUGUUUUUCAAAUCUAGUUUUUAUUGGAAAGCGAACCCCAGAACCUGCAAUCACAUAUGAUAACCUCAAGAUCUCCAUCGCCAACACUAUUCAUUUAUCUCCAGGCAAUGCAAACGUAGAAGCCCAUACUACUGCACGGAAACCAGAGGUGAGCACAACGUGA